AUGAAUAGAUUAUUAAUUACUGAAUUGGGGGAUGCUAUGAGAGCAGAAUUAAUUAAAUAACAAGAACUCAAACGGUAAAAGACAGUUUUAGUGGCUAGAGAUUCACUUCCUGAAGUGAAAUAAACUGGAAUAUUAAACUCAUUACUACAAGACAUGGAUGAUAAUCCAUUAUAUCGUAAGAGCCUUUCAGAUGUAGCUUUAUUGAAUCUUACUAAAGCAGCAAAUAUUUCCUUAAAUGGAUCUCAAAGUAAAGAUAUCUUGGAAUAACAUAUAAGAGAAGAUUUACAAAUUCAAAAGAAGAACGACUAUCUUAAUCAUUUUCUCAAUAAGCAAGUCGAGAAGAUAGUCGAUGAUAAAAAUUCCAUGACUAAGAGGAGGAGGUAUUUGUUAGGCGAAUUAAGGAGGAUCGAGGUCAAAGAAAGCACCCUAAACAUUAAAAAUAGAAUUUCAACAGAUUAGUCCAGAUUGAGUACAAUUGUUGAAGACAUAGAUAGAGAGAACAAAUUGAUGGCCAUCAUCAAUACAGAAGGUAAGUUGCUGUAAUUGUAAAGGAGAUACGAUAAAAAGAAAUAAGACGAUGAAAUCUUGAAACAGCAGGUGAAAUCUAAUUAUUCAAAGCACAAGGACAUAGAAGAAAUGCAUAUUGAGUCUCUCCCAAUCUUGAAUCAAGAAUAAUUGGAUGAAGGCAUUCAAAAUUUGUAUCACGAUACUGAUUUGUCUGAACUUCGAUUUUAAUAGAGAUUAGUGGACAAACACAAAAAGUUAAUCACAUAGGUCUGGAAAUAACAUCACUUUCCAAAAAGAAACAAGAAAUGGGUAACCAUUUCUAAAUAGUUUUGA